GAGACAUUUGCUCAUUUGUAAGCUGAAUGUUUAGUCACUGAAUUGGCAUUUUAUUAUUCAGCAGUGAAAAUAGUUGCAACAUGUACACACAUCCGAUAAGAAAUUUCCUGUUUGAACAAAAUACAAUGCUGUUGUUAUUUAAUUUUCAAGUUAUUUACGGUUAAGUGCAGGUUUAUAUUUUUGACACAUACCGUUGGUAUGCAUGUGAAAAUGGUGAUAAAACUGACUCGAAUAUGUAAAUACAGUUGGGUCUCACUGGCCAGAUCUCUAGUACUCUAUUAUUAUUUCAACAGUGAUCAUGAUUACAAAAAAAUUCCACCAAAAACAUCCUGCACAUUAACACUAUUAUAAGCAUAACCACACAAGUAUGUGUGCAGGACUCAAAGGGAGAGACCUAAUUCUCUCUCUCUCUCUCUCUUGUCUUUCCUUUUAUCUUUUUGUCUUGCUGACGUAAAUCCACCCCUCAGCCCCCUUUUCUGUUGCUUCAUUUCCAAAUUUAAGAUUCCUCAGCCAUCUGGUCUCUAUUUGCGUCCCCUCCCUCCGCCUUGCUUUAGCUGAUACAGAUGUGAGCUGUUUAUUAAAGUUAGGCAACAGGAAAUACCCCAAAUCUUUAGGGGCCCUGGUAUAAAAGGGGCAAUGGAAUCCAAGUGAAGUGAAAUAUAGCAAAAGCAUGAGAGCCAAAUAAUCGCAAGUUUAUAUAGUAACUGUUUAUAUAGUAACUGCCAAAAUCUUGCUCUAUAUGGUCAGAGAAAACCAAUAAGUGAGAUACUUUAAUGCUGAAAAAAAGAGAGCCCGCUACACACAGAGCGGCAAGAUCUAGAGAGCCAGAAAAGGAAAGACAAGAGAAGGAACAGGUCUACAUUUGGCCCCUCUUCCCAGCCCUCUUUUCCUCUCAGGAAACACAUCCUGUUGCUGGCUGACUGUGGUGGCCAAUAUGUUUGUUGCACACGAGAGAGAGGACUUUAGCGAACGCCCCCUGGGCUCCAGACAAAAGAAUACACAACUGUGACGUCUAAGAGGGGCUCUUUUGGACAUUCUCUCACACAAACACGCUGGCAUACACAUACACAUUUAAAGUGAUCAUGAAGGAGGGAGCUGUCUGUUUAAAACUUGCCACAGCUGCGAACUGAUGUCUCGGACUAUGACGAACAGUGACUCCCCCACAUUUCAACUCUGACCUAAAGGAUUUGCAGAAAAACUGCGAGUGAAAAAGAGAGGGGGAAAGACAGAAAGAAGCAGAGGGAGGUGGGCUUGAGGACUUCUUGUUCCAAGUCAGGCAGUGGGGGCUCUUCUACUUGAAAGACAGUCUUGGUAAGCCUCAGCAAAGCCACCAACAAGUCAGCUCCUAGCAACACUGUCCAGAAAAUCUAUGCUUUUUUUGCAUCCUCCGAAGGCACUCUGGAGUGGCUGAAGAGAAGAGAAAAAGAAAGAAGAAAAAACAUUCUCCUGUCUCUAAAGAGAAGCCAGCUGCACAAACAGAAGUCAGACCCGUGCAACAAGCGGAGCACUGAAGAAAGGGAAAGGAGACGAUAAAACAGAAGGGGAAGAAGUAGGGAGAAAACGAAGAAAGGAGCGUGUUCCAAGAGUCAAGCUGCAGCCAGUUGGAGCCAGUGGAAUGGACCUAGGUGCCUGUUGGAUUAAUCCCCGCGUACCCACAGUGCUGUCAGAGGAGGAGGGUUGAUGAUCUGCUCCAACGACAACCAACUCCUGAAUGAGGAUGAAUGGAGAUGUUCUUUAGCUAAACCUCAAGACAACACUCUUGCCAAUUCCACCUCUGCGUGAGCAGGGACAGCACAAGCUAUCAGCUGGAGGAGUAGGAGGAGGUGGUGGUGGUGGCGGAGGAGGUGGAGAGGAGCCACGGGGCCCAGCGCACUGCUGGUGCUACUGCCCCAGAGGAGAGGGAAGGGAGCGGGCAGGACACAGAGGAAGAGCAGGGCUUGGAGGAGGGACACGAGGGAGGGGGAGAGGUGGCGGGCGUCGGGCGUCGCAUGGCCGUGCAGAGGCUAGUGGCGGCGGCGGUGGCGGUAGCCCUGCUGUCCCUGGUCCUAAACAAUGUUGCAGCCUUCACCCCCAGCUGGGUCCUGCAGGCCCUGGAGGAUGGACGCAAGAGGAGUGUGGGACUAUGGAAGAUGUGCCCUGCAGGAGGGGAACGGGGCCGUGAUGAUCUCCAACCUGGGCGAAGGGGGCAGGGGACACAGAGGCAGUGUGAAAGCCUGGGAUGGGGCUCUGAGUAUGCAGGCUACCAAGAAUCCCGCAGCACUGUCAAAUUGCAGUUUGACAUGAUGCGGGCCUGUAACCUUAUGGCGACGGUGGCCCUGACUGCAGGUCAGCUGAUCUUCCUUCUGGGCCUGAUGGAGCUGCCCUUCAUCACGCAGGAAUCACAGUGGUGGGAGGAAGCCAUUGCUGCACUCUUUCAGCUAGCCAGUUUUGUGCUGGUGAUUGGACUUGUGACCUUCUACAGGAUUGGGCCCUACACACACCUGUCCUACUCCUGCUACUUAAACAUAGCUGCUUGCCUGCUGGCCACGAUGGCUGCAGCCAUGCUCAUCUGGAACAUUUUACACCGCCGCGAUGACUGCCUCGCACCCAGGGUUAUAAUCAUCAGUCGCUCACUGGCAUCACCUUUCCACCCACGCCUAGACAAUGACUAUGUGGAGUCACCAUGUUGAGCCGUGAGGAAAUAGGAGUGAAGACCACACUGACAAGACUGUGCUCUAACUCUUGUAUUAAUCCAGCUAUAGGUUCCUCAAAUGUGAAUCUCAUGAGAAGAGGACAUUCCUGUGGCUCUACAAUAGCUGGACUAACAUGUACCUGCAAUUGUUUAGUUCUAUAUUUCACAACUCCUCCCAUGUCAAAAUGACAGAAUUAUAUCGCUGCUUAGUCUUCAGAAGUUACAGUUUUAAAGGCGCAGUGUGUAGAAUUUAGUGGCAUCUAGCAGAAUGGACUUGGCAGAAAUAGAAUAUAAUAUUCAUAAGUA